UUAAUUUUUUUUUUUUUCCCGUUUUGCAUUACGGAUGAGAGGGGAGGAGAGACUGGACUUCCUCUCUUCUUUCCAUUUCUUCAAAAGUUUGCAGCCGCUUUCUCUUCUCACGUCUUUAGUUUUCCUUCCAGUCUUCCAAUCAAAUAUUACAAGGUCACGGUUAGGAUUUUCUCCGACUUCAAUCCUCCCUCCUUCUCCGUUCCUCAUUAGGGUUUCUGGAACCAGAAAGAUCAAAGGUGAAGUUGCGUGUUCCCGGGCUUUCUCAUAGCGGAGGAUCCCAUUCCUGUGCCGAAGGGUUUCCACAAGAGGCACAGAGAGGGCGAUUCUAGGAAGUAUUCAUGGCAAGAAUCAAGCCUCAAGCGCUCCUGCUACAGAGCAAGAAAAAGAAAGCACCUGCCCGUGUGAGCAUCACCACAAUUAUUACAUGCAACCUAAUUUUUAUCCUGGUCGUGUUUUCUCUUGUUGCGGCUUACAAACAUUGGUUCCAUUGGUCACGAACUGAGCCUCUGAAUGGUCGACGGAACUUCGAGGAAAUUGGAGCAUUUGGUGAAGUGCAGAGGUUUGAUCUUCCUAGUUAUGCUGUUCUGAACACUUCCAAGGGUUUGGUGACUGUGGAGCUCUAUAAAGAUGCAUCUCCAGAAACUGUAGAUAAAUUCCUGGUGCUAUGUGAGAAGGGAUACUUCAGAGGAAUGCUUUUCCACCGUGUGAUAAAAAAUUAUGUCAUUCAAGGAGGACAUGGGAAUCAAGUUGGAACCAUUGAAGAUUGGACUCUUCGAGGGAAGCUUAGGGGCCAGCUUGACACAAGCCCAAAGCAUGAGGCCUUUAUGCUUGGUACUUCAAAGGUUACAAGAGAUGAUAAAGGAUUUGAACUGUAUAUCACAACUGCACCUAUUCCAGAUCUAACUGGCAAACUUAUUGUGUUUGGGAGAGUUGUAAAGGGAGAAGACAUUGUUCAGGAAAUAGAAGAGGUUGACACUGACGAACACUAUCAGCCUAAGUCCCCAAUAGGGAUCAUCGACAUCAUCCUGAAACGAGAGAUCUGAGGCUUUGAUCACUUCACGAUGCUUCUGCAUAUUUGUGUGUGCCAUGCAGCUUGUUUGGAGGUGCCAUUCCUUUGCAUCCUGUUUGGAUUUGAUGAUAUGGUUGCACGUGUGCAAGCAGAAUGGAAUGGCACGAGAAACUUGUGCACACAUGACCCAAUGGCACGAACAGCUCAUGCAUGCAUGCAAUGUGUUUUCAUGCUAAAUGUUUUUUUUUUUUUUUUUUGUUUCUGACGGUUGCUUUCUGCUGUAAUUUCUCAUCACGAGAUCUAAACCUUGUAGCCUGUAGUUGCGGAUAGAGGGGAAGGAAGCAUACAAAGUGAGAAAAGAGGAGAGACCAUGGCCUUCAACUGGUGGAGUUGUUUUCCUCUUUUUGUAGUAAAAGAAAUGAUUCCAUUUGGCA